GGCUGUUUGAGAGGGUGGGGGGGCUGGAGGUGACACCGACUGGUCCAUCCUCUUUCUCGCUCCUCCUCAUCCUCUUCAUCCUCCAUGCUGUGUUUGGUGACAGGAUUUCAGUGCAGACCUGCUGUGUGCUUCUUUUUUUUUUUUUUAGGCUGAAUGGAGGAGUUAAUAGAGCUCCUGCAGACAUUUUCUCCUCUUCAGGGAUCCCCACUGUAGAUACAGACAGCCCAGCCUCAAUUUGCUGUAAUUUCUCUCAGCGAAAGCCGACGUUUCUUCGCUCCCCGAGCGGUGAGCUUGACCUGAAGCGGCGAAAAGGCGCAUUUUUAUCCCCGGUGGACACAGACGUAGCGGAGGUGAGCGGGACUACCUGUUUGCUUCCCCCGGGGUGGCGCGAGCGUGUGUCGCCCCGACUGAUAUUCACUGAACGGCGCCGCUGGUGCUACAUACCUACUGACCUACUUUGUGUUAGUUGGGAGUGAAAGCGUUGAGGCGGCUGCGUUUUUAAAGAGAUGAAAGGUGUUGUGGACACAGCGGUGACCCCGCGGGGAGAGCUCCAGUGAAACAGAGCCAGAAGUCAAAAGGGAGGCGGCGGAGCGGAGGCAGCAGGGAUGGCCGCGUCUCAUCACCUGGACCCCGGGCUGCUGCUGCUGCUGCUGGCCUGCUGGCGAACACCGGCGAUGGUCGGUGGAACUGUGCCAGCGGCACCUGUGAACGUCUCGGUGACCCAGCUGAGGGCGCACUCAGCCAUGGUGACCUGGAACAUCCCUCAGGGUGACACGGUCAUCGGCUACUCCAUCUCUCAGCAGAGGCAGGAUGGCCUGAUGCAGCGCUCCAUCCGAGAGGUGAACACGUCCAGCCGCUGGUGUGUCCUCUGGGACCUGGACGAAGACACACACUACAGCGUCCAGGUGCAGUCCGUCGGCCUGCAUGGAGACAGCCAACCCAGCCGGGCCGUCCACUUCAGGACCCUGGAGAGAACCGACCACUAUCCAGCCGGAGUCCUGGACCACCACGAACCAGCCAUGGAGGGUCUGGGGAUGACCCCUCACCUGCAGACCGGAGAGCUGCUCAUCAUCACCACCGUGCUGCUGCUGUGGGCCGCCGUCAUCGCCCUCUUCUGCCGGCAGUACGACAUCAUCAAGGACAACGACUCCAAUAGCACCAAGGAGAAGGCCAAGAGGCCGCUGGUGCAGGCCAGCUCCUCCUACUACAACGCCUCGGCAGGAAGCUCGCCCAUCUACCACAAUGGAGCCGUCCGCAGCAGCAGGCUGCAUCGAGCCUCGUCUUCCAUCAGCAUCAUCAGAGUCUGAUGUCGGGAGACUUUUCUUCUCAGGAGGAGCCUCAGUCGGAUCAACGCAGCCGCUGUGAGGGAUUUCUGGAACCUGCUGCUCCAAACCGUUGUAAAACACUGAGCGGGUUAGAGAGCGGGCCGGUGCUGCCCUCUGGUGGCAGAUUGUUGUGACUCUUUCUUCCCUGUGGCGUCAGAGAGCAGUGUGAAUGUUUUCCAGCUCGUCCGCCUCAGAUUCCUCCAGUUCACCAGGACUGGUGCUGCCGUCGCUUUGUCAGUUAAAACAAGGACAAUCUUUAUGGAUCAACUGAGUUCUUGUUUCAUCAUCAGUGAUUAAACAUUCAGCUUUCAUCAUGGUUUAAAUAUGUACAGACGUCAAAAAAGGUGUCUGUGAUUAACUUUAAGUGUAAUCUUUGCAGUGGUGGUGGUGAAUUUACACUGUAAAUAUUUCAGGAAUUGAUCAUUAAACUAAGUUCAGAUUUUUUUGCAUUAGGUAACUUUUCUUUCCCACUUGAGUUUUUCUGCGUUUAUUUGACUAAAAGCGUCUAGUUUCACUGUACAAAGUCUACAUAUGAGACCAUAGAUACUAACUAUGUAGCAUUUUUACGAGGUAAAAUUACAAAUCACUCUUUUUGAGAUCCAAAUUGUACCGGGAUUUAUUCUAUAAGACGAACAAACUGAAUUAGUACAUGUUGAAUUUCAUGUGCUGUAAGCCAGAACCGUUAAAAUGACCAAAAAUAAACAAUUGAAAUAUA